AUGAGCCGCAGGCAGUGCUGGAAAGGCCUGCAGCUGAUGGACAGAGAAGGCAAGGCUCCCAGGGUGGUCACCAGCAGGCCGUUUGCUUGCGGAGAGGUGAUCUGUGACUUCCACGGCCAGCUGAUCUCCAGGAACGAGGGACUGGAAAUCCAACAGAACAACGAGGCACAAGCUGGACAUCUCUUCUUCUUCACCAGCAAGAAUGGGCAGGUCAUGUGUUUGGAUGCUCACGAGGAGCGCUGCGAGUGCCAUCCGAACAAAACUACAUUUGGCAGACAAAUUAAACACUCUGCCAAACGCACCAAUCUCAGUCCUAGACUGCACUUUGUGGAGGAUGAACCGGUCAUACUUUUCAUGGCCACACGGGACAUUCAGACUGGGGAAGAGAUCCGCUAUGACUAUGGAGACAACAGAAGGUCUUAUGCUGGGGACGGUCUGGAUCUGUCGCCAUCCUAACUGCAGAUAGACAUUAUGGAAAACAUUUUUACCUUUAAAGGACUUAGUUAUUUUCUAUAUUGUCUAACAG